AAUUAAUGGUUGAGGCACCAACACUAUUUUCGAAUCCAAUUAAGACUUUGUAUUUGUUUUCCAUAGUCCUGUUUAAUUAUGCAAAGGAUGCGGUUAAAUAUUUAAGUAAAUUUUGGCACAUCAUUGGAUUCUUGGCUCUGAUUGUGAUUGCACCUAGAUUUGUGGAAGGCGAACACUCUGAGGUAUUAAUCUAAAUAUGAAUGUUGUUUAGUUGGUGAGACAGGCUGACGAGAUCGCAUAUUUUAUGUUGUAUUGGCUAGUAUUGGGAAUAAUGUCAUCUGUUGGUUUGGGAACCGGUUUGCACACAUUCGUGUUGUAUUUGGGUCCUCACAUUGCUAAGACCACAAUUCAAGCUUACGAAUGCAAUGCACUCCCUUUAUUUGUGCCCUCAAAGUAUGCCACGUAAUAUGUGGAAUGUCCAAAGGAAGCAACUGGAAUAGCUAUGUUCGACAUUGUGAAGUAGGUGUAUUUUGAGACAGUUCUCUUUGGCAUCGGUACAGCAAUAGGAGAGUUGCCACCCUAUUUUGUUGCCAGAGCUGCUGCAUUGGCCAAUAAGAAAUUGGAAGAGUUGGAUGAAGUAUUGGAAAAGAAAGAUGAAAGUAAGGCUAUCUCCCUAUUUUAGAUUCUUUUAUGCAUAGAAUGAAAUUGCUCAUUUACAAUAAAUUAUAGAAAAAUGCAUUCCUCACUGUUAUGCUGUGUGCAUCCAUUCCAAAUCCCUUAUUCGAUUUAGCAGGCAUCACAUGUGGUCACUUUCUUAUUUCCUUCUGGACUUUCUUUGGAGCCACUGUUUUGGGUAAGGCAUUCAUCAAAAUGCACAUUCAGGUAUGUAUGAUUUGUCAUGCUUUCCUAGUUACCCAUGACUGUGUUUGUAUUCUCAUAAGAACCAGUCAAGGCCUUACUCAGCUUGAUCCAAAAAUAUAUUCCCUUCAUCUAUGAGUUUUUGAGUGAGUUACUGGAUAAGCAGAGAAAACAACUGAGAGACCCUUCUCUUUUCAAAGAAGGUGCUAAACCCUUGUUGGCUCAAUUGUGGGAUUACUUCAUUAUUCUUAUGAUAGGAUUCUUUAUGAUUUCCAUAGUCAAUAGUUUAGUCGCUCAAUAUGUCACUGAGUAGGAGUAGGAGAAAAAGAAGGGCAAACAACACCAACAUCAUAGUAACAAACAUCAUGCGGGUGAUCACAAGACCAGUAAAAAAGCAAAAAGCUCAUGAAAAUGACUAUUAAAAGGAAA